AUGAGAACCGGAUACACGGAUGAAGUUAGCAUAAAGGAUCAUAUCCUGAAUGCACUCCACCGAGAUUUGUAUAGGGAAUGGGCAAAAGUCCUUGACCAGCCGAAACCAAUUACGGACUGGCUUGCUGGACUCCGUUCCCUAGGGCAUAAGCUCGAGCAGCUUCAUAAGCUGGAGCAAGCCCGUGAGAAGGCUCCAACCACCAAGGAACCUUCAAAGCCUGACUCCCGGAAUAGGGACAAAGGAAAGGAGAGAGAACGGAACGGAAACCGUAAGGUUACUGGCUCCACUCCUAGGUUAUCCAAUGACUCGGGCAAGGCUAAGCCUCGCUUCGAUUUCAUUAAGGACAAAUCUACCGCUUUGGCAGGCGUAUCCCCCAACCUCAGAACCAGGAGGUUUGAAGGGAACCUGUGCACUCGUUGUGGGUUCAGUGGUCCUAAGUGGAUCUUCUGUCAAGCAGCAAAGCCGGUAGGAGAUGGUGCUCCGGAGAAAAAGAUCGCUGGGGCAAAGAGGAAAAGAGGCUUCGAGGAUAACGGGAGUAAGAAGCGGGUCACCGUCUUAUCGGCACCUGCGGAACCAACUCCUGAAUCUUCCGUUGCCGCCGCACUCCUCUCAUUCGAUGGGGUGACGAUGAAUAUUGUCGACUCCGGACCGGAGUCAGACGUCGACAUGGAUGUCUACUAA